CUGUGUGUCAGCGAGCGAACAGACGAGAAAGAGCGAGUGCAACAGAAACUCUGGACAUUAACCGAUUUAUUAAGAGAGAAAAGUGACUAAAUAUAAAGAAAGGAUUUUUGAGUCGACGCGAUACCUUGGAGAAGUCGUCGGAGUGAGAAGAGGAUGUGGCAGAGAAUUAGAAAGGCUGGCUGAUGCAGGCACGGAGGAUCUACAUACAUUAUUAUCUUGACGCAGGGAUGAAGUACCAACUGUUCCAUAUUUAUGAUUAUGGGCGGAGCUAUAUGACAUCACUGCAGAUGAGUAAGUAAAACACAGGAAGCUUCACCAAACAGCAGCAUUUCAGAAGAGGACUGCGACUGAUCAAAGCUGUCAUGUCACAGAAAAGGCCACAUCCCGUCGCUGAUGACGAGACAGGAAAAAAGAAGAAACCAGAGGAAGAGAUACAACAGCAAGAUAAAGCCAUGGCGCCCUCCAGUGGUCCUCCAGUGUUCUGCGACGUCUGUGAUGAAAGAAAGCAGAAAGCAGUGAAGACCUGCCUGACGUGUCACAUCUCCUACUGUGAGACUCAUCUGGAGCCUCAUCUCAGAGUCCCACGUCUAAAUAAACACAAACUCAUCAACGCCGUGGAAAAUCUGGAGGAUUAUAUAUGCCAGAAACACGAGAGACCUCUGGAGCUGUUCUGUAGAGAUGAUCAGAUGUUUGUGUGUCUGUUCUGCUCUGAAGGAGAACACAGGGGACACAAAACACUUCCUGUAGAGGAGGAGAGUCGAGAGAAGAAGACUGAUGUUCAUCAGAUGAUCCAGGACAGAAUACAGAAGAUUCAAGAGAUCCAGAACUCAGUAGAGAUGAAAAAGCAAGAGGAAUCCUCCAGUAUUGAGCUCUUCACUGAUCUGAUCCGCUCCUUUGAGAGAUGUCAGUCUGAUCAGCUGAAGAUGAUGGAGGAACAGCAGAAAGCAGCAGAGAAACAGGCUGAAGAUCUCAUUAAAGAGAUAAAUCAGGAAAUCACUGAGCUGAAACGGCUCUCACACACUGACGAUCAUCUCCAUCUCAUACAGAUGUGCUCAUCCCUAGACAGUCGUCCACACACUAAGAACUGGGCUGCGAUCAGGAUUGACUCUGAUGUGAACUCCCUGUAUAGCGCUCUGGCUCAACUGAAGAAAACUCUAGAGACAAUAAUGGAAAAACUCAGUCCAAAUGGGUUGAUGUGGGCUCAGUAUGCAGUGGAUGUGACUCUGGAUCCUGAUACAGCGAAUCCAUAUCUCAUCCUGUCUGAUGAUGGAAAACAAGUCAGUCAUGGAGACAUUGAGCAGGACGUCCCAGAAAACCCAAAGAGAUUUGAUAAGGCUCUUUGUGUUCUGGCAAAGCAGGGAUUCAGUUCAGGGAGAUUUUACUAUGAGGUGCAGGUGAAGGGAAAGACUGGGUGGAUUUUGGGAGUGGUCAGAGAAUCCAUUAACAGGAAGGAGGCGAUCGCACCGAGACCAGAGAAUGGAUUCUGGGCUGUGCUUUUGAGGAAUGAGGAUCAAUAUAAAGCUUGUGAAAACCCACUUGUCUCUUUAUCUCUGAUAGUGAGACCUGAGAAGAUUGGUGUGUUUGUGGAUUAUGAGGAGGGUCUGGUCUCGUUUUAUGAUGUGGAGUCCAGAUCUCAUCUCUACUCUUUCACUGGUCAGAUUUUCACUGACAAACUCUAUCCGUAUUUCAGCCCAUACCCUAAUGGUGAAGGUAAAAACUCAAACCCACUGAUCAUCACUACUGUGGUAAAAUAAAAAAAUCAAAUUUGAGCAGAUUGCUGUUUUUAUAAAAAAAUAAAUAAGCCAAGAUUGCUGUUUUUAUUAAAAACAAGAAGCCA